AUGGACGAAGAUCCUCCUAAUGAAAUAACUACUAUUGCUUCUUUAAUUGACGAUCUUAAAAACGAAGAUGUCACUUUUAGACUUAAUUCUAUUAAAAAAUUAAGUGUAAUUGCUAAUGCUCUUGGUGCUGAUAGAACCAGAGACGAGCUUAUACCUUUCCUUCAAGAGUCUCUUGAUGAUGAGGAUGAAGUAUUAUUAGCUUUGGCUGAAGGACUUGGAAACUUGGUAGAUGCUGUUGGAGGUAGUGAAUAUGCCAAUUGCCUUUUACCUCCCUUAGAAAACAUUGCUGCUGUCGAAGAAGCCUCUGUUAGAGAUAAGGCAGUUGUUUCUCUUUGCUCUAUUGCUGACAUCUUGCCCCAACAACAUCUUCAACAACACUUUUUACCACUUGUAAAAAGGCUCAGUAGCGGUGAAUGGUUCACCAGUAGAACUUCAGCUACUGGUUUAUAUGCUGUGGUCUAUAAACGGGGUGACCCUGACGUGCAAACUGAACUAAAAGGACUAUUUGCACAAUUAGCAUCAGAUGACAGCCCAAUGGUCAGAAGAGCAGCCUCCAAGGCCCUUGUUGAACUUGUUCGACAAAUGUCGGAUGAAGACGUUCUCUCAACUGUCAUCCCACUGUUUCAGAAAUUAUCUCAGGACGACCAAGAUUCAGUCCGUUUGCUGACAGUUGAAGUACUUGCUGCCCUCGCCAAGCGAGUCAGCGAAGGGGAAAGAAAAGAAUUGCUAUUGCCUGCAUUUGCAACUUUAUCAACUGAUAAAGCAUGGAGAGUGAGAUACAUGGUCGCUUCUAAAUAUGUGGAGCUUGCCGAUGCCUUUGGGCAAGAUAUUGUACGAGAACACUUUACAGAAGCCUUUGUGAAUAUGUUAAAAGAUACCGAAGGCGAAGUGAGAACAGCAGCAGCUAGUCAAAUCCCUGGCUAUGCAAAAUUGGUAGACAAUGAAGUUAUCCUUUCUGAGCUUUUACCCUGUGUCAAAUUGUUAGUGACUGAUGAAAAUCAGCAUGCUCGUGCAGCCCUUGCAAAGGAUAUCAGUGGAUUGGCACCCAUCAUAGGACAAGAUGCAACCAUGCAAUAUUUACUACCAUUGUUUUUGCAACAGCUCACAGAUGAAUUCCCUGAUGUUCGUUUGAAUGUCAUCUCCAACUUGGAAACGAUCAAUAAAGCAAUUGGCAUCGAAAGAGUAUCACAAGCAUUACUUCCAGCUAUUGUAGAACUAUCAGAAGAUAAGCAAUGGCGUAUCCGUCUUGCUAUUAUCGAGUAUAUUCCACUUUUAGCUAAGCAAUUUGGAUCGAAAUUCUUUGAAGAAAAGCUUUUGGAAUUAUGCAUGUCUUGGCUCCGUGAUCUCGUGUUUUCUAUUCGUGAAGCUGCCACUAUCAACUUGAUGAAAUUGACUGAAGUGUUUGGUGCUGAAUGGGCCAAGAAGGCUAUUAUUCCUGAAGUCAUGAAGAUGACAACUGACGAAAACUACUUGCACAGAAUGACUACCAUUUUUGCGUUAACAACAAUGGCCGAGGCUCUAACACCUGUGAUGGUGAAAGAUUCUAUUCUUCCUACAAUCAUCAACAUGUCAAAAGAUCCUAUUCCAAACAUUCGAUUUAACGUCGCUAAAUCUUUGGAAAGUUUGAUACCAUUAUUAAAGAAAGAUCCUAACACGGGUGAACUUGUCAACAGCUCUGUUAAGCCUACUCUUGAAAAACUUUGCACAGAUCAAGAUGGUGAUGUCAGGUUCUUUGCUACAAGAGCUUUGGAAAGUACCGGUAAAUAUACUUAG